GGGCUCAGCCUCCUUCUCCUCCCUGGCGAGCGGUGACUGUGCAGGGCGGCGCGGGGAGCCAGGCAGCAGCCGGAGGAGGCUGCCCCGAGGACAGCGCGAUCCGCCCGCGCCGGCCGGCCGGCAGCAGCCCGCGCCUCGCCCAGCCCCAUGCCCGAGUGGCGCUGAGCCGAGCCCAGCCCAGCAUGGCCACCACCGCCCCGUGCACCCGCUUCACCGACGACUACCAGCUCUACGAGGAGCUCGGCAAGGGAGCCUUUUCUGUGGUCCGCCGAUGUGUGAAGAAAAGUUCAUCCCAGGAAUAUGCUGCAAAAAUCAUCAACACCAAAAAGCUGUCAGCCAGAGAUCACCAGAAACUGGAACGUGAGGCCCGAAUCUGCCGACUUUUAAAACAUCCAAAUAUUGUGCGGCUCCAUGACAGUAUUUCAGAAGAAGCUUUCCACUACCUCGUCUUUGAUCUGGUCACUGGUGGAGAGCUCUUUGAAGAUAUUGUCGCCAGAGAGUACUACAGUGAAGCUGAUGCUAGCCACUGUAUUCACCAGAUACUGGAGAGCGUGAAUCACAUUCACCAGCAUGAUAUCGUGCACAGGGAUUUGAAGCCUGAGAACUUGCUACUGGCAAGUAAGUGUAAGAGUGCUGCUGUCAAACUGGCCGACUUUGGACUGGCUAUAGAAGUGCAGGGGGAGCAGCAGGCCUGGUUUGGGUUUGCCGGUACUCCAGGCUACCUCUCCCCUGAGGUGUUAAGAAAAGAUCCUUAUGGAAAACCAGUGGACAUAUGGGCAUGCGGAGUGAUCCUGUACAUACUGCUAGUGGGUUACCCUCCCUUUUGGGAUGAAGAUCAGCACAAGCUCUAUCAGCAGAUCAAAGCUGGAGCCUAUGACUUCCCGUCACCUGAGUGGGACACAGUGACUCCUGAAGCAAAGAACUUGAUCAAUCAGAUGCUGACGAUAAACCCGGCUAAACGCAUCACGGCUGAUCAAGCACUCAAACACCCAUGGGUCUGUCAACGAUCCACCGUGGCCUCCAUGAUGCACAGACAAGAGACUGUGGAGUGCUUGAGGAAGUUCAAUGCCAGAAGAAAGCUGAAGGGUGCAAUCCUCACAACAAUGCUGGUCUCACGGAACUUUUCCGUUGGCAGGCAGAGCUCCGCCCCUGCUUCGGCCGCCAUGAGUGCUGCCGGCCUGGCUGAGCAAGCUACCAAAAGCCUAUUGAACAAGAAGUCGGAUGGAGUGAAGAAAAGGAAGUCGAGCUCCAGUGUGCAUUUGAUGCCACAGAGCAACAACAAAACCAGUCUAGUAAGCCCAGCAAAAGAAUCUCCCCCAGUGCAGACGUCCAUGGAGCCUCAAACGACUGUUGUCCACAAUGCCACAGAUGGCAUAAAGGGUUCCACAGAGAGCUGUAACACCACCACUGAAGAUGAGGAUCUGAAAGCUCCCCCUCUCUCCACCGGGGAUGGCAGCUCAGUGCUUGAAGGACGGAGGCACAGUGAGAGCAAAACACAGACUGAGUCCAUGCAGUCCCAGCUUUCUCUCUGUUUCUCAGCCACCACGCAGUCUUGUGAGGAGAAGCUUCUUGCCUGGGACAGCCCAGGGCAGACACUGGAGUUAGAGCGUGCUCAGUCGGAGCCUUUGCUAACUCCUGUAGUUCCGUUUGUAUUUAACAGUGCAGCGUUGCGCAAACAAGAGAUCAUUAAGAUAACAGAGCAGCUGAUUGAAGCCAUCAACAAUGGAGACUUUGAGGCCUACACGAAGAUCUGUGACCCGGGCCUGACCUCAUUUGAACCCGAAGCACUGGGGAACCUAGUCGAGGGGAUGGACUUCCACAAGUUUUACUUCGAGAACUUAUUGUCCAAGAACAGCAAGCCAAUCCACACCACCAUCCUGAACCCCCACGUCCAUGUCAUUGGCGAAGACGCAGCCUGCAUUGCCUACAUCCGCCUGACUCAAUACAUCGAUGGCCAGGGCCGGCCCCGCACCACGCAGUCUGAAGAGACCCGCGUCUGGCACCGCCGCGAUGGCAAGUGGCUGAAUGUCCACUAUCACUGCUCUGGGGCCCCUGCCGCUCCGCUCCAGUGAAGAUCGAACACAGCAGCUUUUGGAGAUACUCAGCUGGAGGGCAAUAUCUUCUUAGCAAGCAGCUCUGGAGUGCCUGAGUGACAGCGACGGUCAUGUCCGUUUUGACGUUUAAAAAAAAUUACAAAUUACAAACCGGCAGCAGCCAAAUGCACGAAACCCUGCAUGCAUCUGAUGCUCCGGGCGCUGCCGCCUUUCUGUUGUUUUCCAUGGAUCCAUCGUGUCUGUUUCUGCUGUACGAAGGUGUUUUUUAAAUCUAAGAGAGACAUGUUGUUUGUAUUAAAAAAUAAAAUAAACCGGAAUAAUGAUAAAUAAAUGACAGACUAUCCAACACCCCCUCCCCCAGGGCUGACGAAAUGGCAUCAACUGGAGCAUCUUUCAGAAACCGAGCGAGGGGGAAACAAAAAGGAAGGCGAGAGAGCGCGAGGAGGAGGAGAAGGCAGCUUGAGCAGCAGAUUGCUGAACUCUGCUCCACAAAGGCAAGGUGGAAGCUAACAUUGCAUUCAGGCUGUGCUGUGACUUUAAUCAGUGAGCGGUGGCGAGGAAACACUGGAGGGGCCUGAAUGAAGAAUGGGAGGGAAAGGUGGAGGAAUGACACUUCUCCACUUCCCACUGCCCAGCGGACUGACUUCAGCCCGAGUUUCUUCUUAAGUCUUCAGCGUGGUGCGGAUGCUGCGGAAAGCUGGCUGCUCAGCCGCCAGAGCCCACAGACUUCCUAAAAACAAAACGGGAUGUCGAGUAAAACCAAGGCUGGAAAAGGGGACUAUAAAAAAUGGCUUAAAUAAAAAUAUAAAUAGGAGCUUGCUCUUGAGAGAUCCUGGUUUUAGAAGUGGCCACUCCCUGGCCAAACACGAAGGUUUGCGGCCUGCUGACAAAAGAAGCGUUAAGAGCAAAGGUUUUAGAGGAAGAGGGUACGGGAUUUCUUUUAUGGCUUUUCUUUUUCUUGUAGCGUAGCUGAGAUCCGCAGUGCUGAAGAACACAUGUUCCUUAGGAAGCAGAUGAGAAAACUAGUGUUAUGUUCUUUCAUGAGGACUCACGCAUCCACCUCUAUGUGAUGCAUCGUUAGCUUGUGUUUGAUACUGAAAUAUAUGCACCCAUAGAAUUAAGGGGCUCACCGGCUUCCAGUUUGAUUAUUUUUGUUUGUUUUUUUGUUCUCUGGUAAAAUAGUAGAGGGAGCCAGCAACCCAAGGCAGGUGCGUCUCCCCUCCCCGCCCCCAUCUGUUUUGUAAGUGUCAUGUGUCCUGGUGUUUUUUUGGAUAACUUUUCUGUUUUUUAAUGGUCAUGAUGUAACUCAUAAAACAAUCCACUCAGAAUCUCAGCAAACUGUAGAUAGAGGGCUUCAGGCCUCAUGAUACAGAGGGGAAAGGUAGUUACUACAGACCUUCUGAUGCUUGUCCUUUGGGCAAAUUCAUCUUCCUUCCUUUGUUGGGGGAUGCUGUCUGUUUCCUUUAUUUGCUAGAAGGGGAAUGUUGAAUUAUUUUGUUGAUUUGUCUGAAUUAAUCCUGGGCCAGAGAAGCAAAAGGCCUUUUUUUUUUUUUUUUGUAGAUUCUCUUAGCACUAAGAGGCCCCCUGAUUUCUGUGUCCUGAUCAAGAGGAGGGCAGGGACUUAGUCAUUAUUGUGGGAUAUUGGCAUGAACUUUUAGCUGAAGUCCCUCCAUCUACAAAUCACUAAAUUUGGUCCUAGGGCUUUACAGUAUGUUAUCCCUACACUCCUGAGGGACAGAGUAAACAGUAUAUUAAAAGGAAGGCAACGUUGUAGUGGAUUCUAAGGGAAAAGGAGGGCUAAAUUAUAUCUUGAUCCUUUUUCAGUGGAAUGAUGGGAAGGACCCGUAAGCUGUAGCAUUGAGUGGAGUUACUGCCUUUCUCUGGAAAUCCCUCCACUCCCCUUUAAAGGAAGACUCUUAGGUCAAUCCCACACCAUGAUUAGAGCAGCUAAUCCAUGAUGCAGGAAAAGGCCAUACAUACUUCCCAGGGUUUGUCUGGACAAAUAGUUUUCUUCCUUCCUCCACCAUCCCAACUGCAUGUGUGGGUGGGGUGGGGACUGAGACAGGAGGGAGUGAACACUGUCUCUUAUCAUUUCGGAACAUUUUUAGGAGGGCAGUAAGCUAGUGAGUCAGGUGGAGAGGAAAAGCUUUGAUAUUUUCAGAUUGUUUUUAAAAAAAAGCCACGCAGAGAGCAAACAGGACAUUACAAUUAUGCAGUUUUAAAAAGAAAUACAAAAAGUUAUGCAUGCCGUCUUCAGGUCUGAUCUUUCCUUGUCUCUUUACCUAUUGAUUAUUAAUGUUUAAAAAAGACCCUCUGUAUUUAGUAACUGCAUCUUUCAGAGAAAACUUAAAAAAGAAAAUGGUUGGGUUGUUUUGGUUUUGCACAGUCUUGGAGACAAGCUCUCUGUUUGUUUUUAAGUUAAUGAGAAUCUUAGCUUGGUAUGGCCAUUAUCAGACAUAGCUGUACACCUUUAGCAUUCUUAAUGUUCUCUUACGGGGCUAAUAUAAGCAUCUAUAUAAUAUAUAUUAUAAAUAUCACAUUUUAAACAGGAAAUGGAAGGCGUUUGAUGCAGAAUUUUUGCAUGAUAUAGAAAUAAUUAAAACAAAAUUAGCUAGUGUUUGUUUGGUCUGAAUGUUGGUAGAACCUUCAUAGCUUUGUUACAAUGAAACCUUGAAUUGAAAAUAUUUAAUAAAAUAACAUUUAAACAGGGCAUAAA